AGACCAAAGUUUUGUAGUGAUAUUUUUAUGUAAUAUGUAGAUUUUUCUCAAGAAACAACCUAAAUAAAUUAUAUAACUUAGCUAACGUUUUCCAUAAAAAGUAACUCAAGAAUGGCAGUCUAUUACAUCAGAACUUUUAUUUCAAUUAAUACAACGAUGAACUAAUCAACAAACAAUCUGUUGUCAAAACACUUCGCUCGUCAUGCUUUAUCAGUGUUUAUCAAAUUCACUAAUUACAAUUGCAGAUAAGGCGGGUUACUAUUAUUUAAUUUAUUCUUCUCGCCCGCGUUCAGUGGGAAUAAGUUAGCCAUGGCGACAUUCGUGAAAAAGGUUACAGUACUCGGAAACAUCGUGAAAAAUGUGAAUAAUUGCACUAAAAGACUGUCGUCGCACUUUGUUUAUCACCCCGACAAUGAAGCGCCGGUGGAAGGAGAAAAGACUAAAAUGAACAUGAUGCAGGCAAUCAACAAUGCUAUGGACAUCACCCUUAAGACGGAUCCCAGUGCGGUGGUGUUUGGUGAAGAUGUGGGCUUCGGAGGGGUCUUCAGGUGUGCUCUAGGGUUACAGGAAAAAUACGGCAAAGAUCGCGUGUUCAACACUCCCCUGUGCGAGCAGGGUAUCGCAGGCUUCGGCGUCGGCCUCGCGACCGCGGGCGCCACGGCCAUAGCGGAGAUACAGUUUGCUGACUACAUCUUCCCUGCGUUUGAUCAGCUAGUGAACGAAGCGGCCAAGGUUCGAUACCGCUCCGGAGGCCAGUUCUCGUGCGGAGGCCUCACGGUGCGUGCGCCGAGCGGGGCCGUGGGCCACGGGGGCCUAUACCACUCGCAGAGCCCGGAGGCCUUCUUCGCGCACGCAGCGGGACUCAAGGUGGUGGUCCCCAGAGGUCCAAAAACGGCGAAAGGUCUGCUGCUGUCGUGCAUACAAGACAGAGACCCCUGCAUAUUCUUCGAGCCCAAGAUCCUGUACCGAUCUGCCAGUGAAGACGUCCCAAUUGACAGUUACACCCUGCCCCUUGGAAAGGCGCAGGUGUUGAAGGAAGGUGAGGCGGCGACGCUGGUGGCGUGGGGGACGCAGGUGCACGUCCUGCUGGAGGUGGCCGCCAUGGCGGAGCAGCAGCUGGGCGUCCGGUGUGACGUCAUCGACCUCAUGUCCAUACUGCCGUGGGACGAGGAGACUGUGUGCAAUUCGGUGAAGAAGACCGGGCGUUGUCUGAUAGCGCACGAGGCACCCCUCACUUCAGGAUUUGGCGCUGAACUAGCCGCCACUGUACAGGAGGAAUGCUUCCUGCACCUGGAAGCCCCUAUAUCCCGGGUGGCGGGCUGGGACGCGCCCUUCCCGCACGUGUUCGAGCCGUUCUACUUGCCAGACAAGUGGCGCUGCUACGAAGCGCUUGCGCAACUCCUUAAAUAUUAACCCAUCACCGGCUCACUACAGAGCACGGGACUCCUCUCAGAGUGAGAACGUAUUUGGCGAUAGUUUACCAUGCUAGCCAAGUGCGGGUUGGCAGACUUCAACACUUUUGAGAACAUUAUGGAGAACUCUGAGGCAUGCAGGUUUUCUCACGAUGUUUUCAUUCAC